CGUGUGUGCGUGUGUGUGUGAAUGAAAAAGAAAAAGAGAGGCUGCACAAUACAGUAGCUCCGGCUGGCUCAAACUGAUGCAUAUUUAAGACUACAGGGCAUAAAAAUGUGACUUUGAAAGCGGAGAAAGAAAAUCACUUUUUUCUUAUUUUCCCUCAUUUAUAUUUUAUCAGCUGGAUCUUUCUCACAGUUUUUUUAAACCCGAUCCUUUUUAAACUCUCUUCGUGGCUUAUCGAGGAGGUCACUGCGGAUACGACAAGGAGUAACACAGCCUGAACUGCAGAUUGAAAGUCAGGAUGAAAAAGAUGGGGAGGAUGAGGAGGAGGAAGAGGAGCAAAGAAGAGAACAAAGAAAAGACAGAGGUGGACGUAACACAGAGAAUGGAGGACUAGAGGGUCUGAAAGAAAAAGGAAUGACAGGAGGACGACAAUCUUGGGAAGGGAAAAGUGGUGAUGGGGUAAAACCAGCAGCCAUUGUGGUCGGUAAACAGAGAGCUGACCGGACGCUGAGGCCUGGCAACCUGGGCAGCCAGGGUAUCUCUUACAUGUCCAAUCAGGCCCCACCACAUUACCAUGCUGCUGCCAGCAAGCAGCAGCAGCAGCAGCAGCUCUUAGCAGCAAAGAGACGAGCUCUAAUGGAGCGCAGCAUGACCACAGUGGCUCCACUAGAGGACACUUACCUGACCAUGAUGGUAUUCCGCAUCGGAAUUCCUGACAUCAAACAAACAAGGUGUCUUCAGUUUGACCAGGACUGCACUGUGUGGAGUGCUAAGCAGCAGAUCAUCUGCUCUCUCGGUGAGUCCUUGUGGGAUGCCUAUAACUACGGCCUUUUCCAGCCAGCUGGAGAGGGACGUGAUGCCAAGUUUCUAGAGGAAGAGCGGCCGCUGCGGGACUACGCACGCUCCUUUGAGAAAGGGGUGCCCUACCUGGAGUUUAGGUACAAAACCAGAGUUUAUAAACAGACCAAUCUGGAUGAAAAAGCUCUUGCUAAACUCAGCACGAAGGCCAGUCAAAAGAAGUUUCUGGAUUACAUUCAGACUGGAGCAAUAGAGAAAAUGACAAAAGUCCUCGAGAAAGGUCUUGAUCCAAAUUUUCAUGACCCUGACAAUGGAGAAACCCCACUCUCUGUGGCCAUGCAGUCUGGACUAUCAGUGGAAGCCGUCAGGUUGCUGGUCUUGGGUGGCUCUCACAUGGAUUUCAGAAGCAGAGAUGGUUUAACAGCAGUGCACAAAGCUGUUAGAGCUCACAAUCAUGCUGGAUUGCUGGCUCUCUUGUCCCUCGGAGCAUCUCCAGAUUACAAAGACCGCUGUGGCCUGACCCCACUGUACCACACUGUGCUGGCAGGGGGCGACACUUCUUGUUGUGAGACCUUGCUCUAUUACAGGGCCAAGCUUGGGACAAGGGAUGAAAAUGGCUGGGACGAGUCUCAUCAGCACAGGGAUGAAGAGGAGUUUGGAAUGGAAGAAAUCCAUAAGGCCUGCCAGAAUGGCUUUGCACAACACUUGGAGCAUCUGCUAUUUUACGGGGCAGACAUCGCUUCUCAGAAUGCCUCAGGGAAUACUGCACUUCACAUUUCAGCCCUGUACAAUAAGGAAAGCUGUGCCCGUGUUCUUCUGUACAGAGGAGUAAAUAAGGAGGCAAAGAAUAAGCAUGGUCAAACCCCUUUUCAGGUAGCUGUAAUGUCUGGUCACUUUGAACUUGGCGAGAUCAUCAAAAACCACAAAGACUCAGACAUAGUGCCCUUUUUGGAAUCGCCAAAGUUAGUUCCCAAGCGAAAAGAGAGUGCCCACACACUGCCUCUCCCUUUGCUUCAUUCUCACCCGCUGUUGCGUGCUAAUAGCGAUAACACCAUGACCCAGUCUGACCCUCUGACCCUGCCCAACAAGACUGCAACCACACCCAACCCAGGACAGGGCCAGCGUAGGGCCUCCAUUGGUGUGAGAAGCUCCAGUAGUCCCAGAACUCGCACACGUUCCCCCUCCAGAGGGAGAGGAGGUCAAAGUGACACAGAGGAAAGACACCGGCAGCCAAGAGGCAGACAGGGUGCAACCUCAGCAGGCAGUGGAGGGGGUCAGAUGAAGCGCAUGUACAGCGCUGUGCCAGGACGGGUUUAUGUGGCCACGCGUGCCCACUCUGCUACUGGAGACCGAGAGCUCUCACUCAACAAAGGGGACAAAGUUAAAGUGUUAAGCGUAGGAGAAGGGGGAUACUGGGAGGGAACAGUCAAAGGACGCACUGGCUGGUUUCCUUCAGAUUGUGUGCAGGAGGUGGCUGCUCCCAGUAAAGACAAAGAGACGCGCAGUGAGAAGGCCAAAAGGAAGCUUUUCCGCAAUGUCACAGUUGGAGCUUACGAUGGCACUGAUGGCCCCAGUGACUACAUUAUUAAGGAGAAGACAGUGCUCCUACAGAAGAAAGACAAUGAAGGCUUUGGCUUUGUGCUUAGGGGAGCCAAAGCUCAGACUCCCAUAGAGGAGUUCACUCCAACGCCAGCAUUCCCUGCGCUGCAGUACUUAGAGUCUGUUGAUGAGGGGGGUGUGGCGUGGAGAGCGGGUUUGAGGAUGGGGGAUUUCCUCAUUGAGGUGAACAACCAGAAUGUUGUGAAGGUUGGUCAUCGACAGGUGGUAAACAUGAUCAGACAGGGGGGCAACAGCCUUAUGGUGAAAGUUGUGAUGGUUGCUAGAAACCCUGAACUAGAGGAUACUGCACGGAAAAGAGCCCCACAGCAGACGAAAAGACUGACGCCUCCUGCUAUUGCCCUGCGCUCUAAGUCAAUGACAUCAGAGCUGGAGGACAUGGUGGACAAAGCUGCCUCUCCAUGGAAAAAGAAAGCAGAGUAUGAGUCCUCUCAGGGUCCUGAUAAGAAGAGGACAGUCUAUCAGAUGGCGUUAAAUAAACUAGAUGAAAUAUUGGCUGCUGCCCAGCACACUAUUACAUCAGACAACCAGGGCCAGAGAGGUCAUGGAGGCAAGAGGGACCGGAGCAAGAGUAUUGUUCCCAACAUCUCCAAUGAGCAACCUUAUGAGCAGAAGUCAUCACUGAGCAUGGUACAGACUGGACCUGGUUUUGGCUACAACCAAGCACAUUUCCAACCAGGACAUGGGCCUCAACAUGCAGUGAUGAUGCGUCAAAAAUCUAUGGGCGUAACAGAGGAGGAGCGACAAAACCUCCAUCCACCUGCAAUGAAGUUGGCUCGCAGCUUAUCAGUGCCAGGACCUGAAGACAUCCCUCCACCCCCUAACACAUCUGCCCCAGAGCCACCUUUAUCUGCAGGGCCUCAUCCUGGUAGAGGGCCUGCUAUGCCAAUCCCCCCUGUAUCGCAAGCCCACUACCAGCUCCACUCUCAACAAGGACAUCCUGCUCAAGCUGGCUGGGAGAGAGGAGGGCCUGGUGGGAUGAACCAGCCGGUCAUGGUGCCCACCCUGCGCAGGCAAUCGGAAGGACUGUGUAUCAGAGAACAAGAUGUACCUCGGAGGGGUGGUGGAAAGAUGGGAGGCUUGAGGAGAGGCUACAGCAGUGCCACACCCCCAACAAGUGCUAAACCCAAGCCCCAACAGGCACAGCAACAUCCUCCACAUGCGUCCAACCGAGAGCAGGGUGGAGGAGUUGGUGGAGGAGUUGGCAGGGGAGUGGCAAGAAGGGGUGGCCGGGGAGCUUUGAUGAAGCAGUCAAAAGUGGAAGAUGGACUGAGACAACAUCGAGGAAAAGGAGGUGCAUCCAAAGAAAAAAGUUCCAUUCCCAUCCCCACUAUCAUUGUCAAAGCGCCCUCCACCAGCAGCAGCGGUCGAAGCAGCCAGGGCAGCAGCAUGGAGGCCGAGCCCUCUCCAGAUGUGGAGGACCUAACCUCUGCAGACGCAGCCUCCGAAAUUCCCGAUACAAGCUUACCAUCACCCCUCACACCCUUGCAACCCCAGCCCCCAGUACCCACUUCCUUGCCAUCAUCAACUGUUGCACCUUCUGUUUCCUCACAGCAAAACAUGGAAAACUUGGACUACACCUCAACAGUUGGUACAACAUUUGGAGGAGGAGGCGCACGCAGGGAAAGAGAACGUUUCAGAGAUAUGAGAAGAAAGAGUGCUUCUUUUUUCCUCUCAUCUGAGGAGGACAUCCAAGGGGAGGCAGGAGGUGGAGUAGGAGAGGGGGGAGGAGCAUUAGGGGCACGAAUUCAGCCUUUACAGGGCUCACAAAUGGAAGUGCCCACCCCUCGACUUCGGCCCUCCAAGUCUAUAGAUGAGGGCAUGUUUUCUGGAGACAACUAUGUGAACUAUUCCAGCAGCAUGCCCCCAGCCUUUGGUUUACCUGAGUACUCUUCCCCCAUCCUUGGUCAAGAUGGCCAACCAAAGUCAGCUCCAUCUGUGUAUGGUCCACAACCUACGACUACCUUCAUUCACCCACUUACAGGAAAAGUUCUGGACCCCUCAUCCCCACUUGGCUUGGCCCUGGCUGCAAGAGAGCGAGCCUUGAAGGAUGACCGCAGGACUCGUCGGGAGGAGAGACACUUUGGCAGGCAGCUUUCCACAGUCGGAGCCUUUCCGACACCUAUUCAGACCCCAACACCUUCGCUUUUUGCAACACCAACACAGUCAACCUACACUUCUCCAGUGUCUCUCCACCUAAGCUCCCCCACUGCCACCACCUCACCUGCGUCUUUGAGCCGUCCGCAGUCACCAAGGAUAUUGCGUUUGGGAGGAGGAGGAGAAAGAAUGGAGAGAGAAAAGGAGGGGGGACCUAGAGAGGGACUUAGAGUUCGCUUUUCUGAGGAUAGAACCAGCCAGUUUCCACCCCAGUAUUACCCACAUAGCGGCAGAGAGAGAGAAAAAGAGCUGUAUGACAGCAGAUCUGCUCCACCCAUUCAGCCUCCUCCCCCUCCGGCUCAACCUGCCCCCCGUAGACCUUCCUAUCUACAGAUGGAAAACACUCCUAACACCAGCUAUAUCCCUCAGUACACUGUCCCCACAGCCCCAACGCAGACAAAUGACACUAUUGGAGAUGCAAGAGUUGGGGCGGGUGGAGGCCUAGCACUAAUGGUUUUACCUCCACCAGCUCCCUCAAUAGACAUAGAUGAAGAGUUUGUUUUUGCAGAUCCCUUACCCCCUCCUCUACAGUUUGCCAAUGGUAAGAACGAGAGAGGCCAGGAGUUUUCUCAACAUCAUCAACACCAGAAUCAACACACUAUUUUAGCUGCUUCACAUCUCCCACCCUCUCUUCCACCUGCCAAGCCACCAAAUGCUCCCCAAACAUCCACACAGGGUGGUGACUCUGCUGCCUCUAGCCUCACAUCUUAUGAUAGUGAAGUGGCCAACCUCACACAGUCAGCUCUCUCUCCAUCUUAUCCUUCCCCUCAGAUAUUUCCCCCUUCCUCCGCCACCACCUCCACCUCAACUGCUGCACUGCCUGCUACGUCACUACACAGACCUCAGCCCAUGUCCUAUUCUCACCCUUAUUACAACAAUUCUGACCCCUCAGUAGGUGCACACACUCCAGCCCAGGAUAGAGGUACAGCCACCCUCACCACCACCAUGACCUACGCUACCACUACCAUGACGGCAACUACUGCAGCAACAACCACUACAACCUCCCCAGCAUCCUCUGACUACAGUAUGAUCAUAGCUGGACCUAAGACUGGCCUCAGUACAGCAGGGAAAGCUGCUGACCACUCUCAUCACACUACAGUUAUACCCAAGACUGGAGACUGGCAGGAUGCCGUGGUGGAUUCUGGAAUUGAGGAGCUAGACAGUCAUAGCAGCAGUGACCAUCAUUUAGAAAUGCUGGGACUAAGUGGAUUACGAGGAGACAGAGGAGGGGUUGGAGGAAAUGGGCGAGGAGGAGAGGGAGUGAAAGGUCUUGAACAUCCAGAUCCUUACUCAGGAGGGCAAACGUUUGAGGUGCACAGCGCCAAACUGACAAACCCUGUGUUUCCAAAGAUGACUCAUGGUGGCAGAGCCCCGCCUAUAGCACUACGCAGGCAGAGCAGCACCAACCCGGCUCCUUUGCAGUUACAAAGACAAAGCAACCCAGAAAAUGCUCGUUUAGAUGGGACUCUCAUAGACGAAAAGAAGCACAAGCAGAAUUUAUCCAAAAUGGAGGACAGCUUUAGCUCCACCUUGACUGCCUGUUUCGAGAGACCAAUGGACUCUCGAUCAGUGGUCUGGAGUGAAAUUGGUGAACAUGAGCAAGGUGGAGUCCAGAGAGGGGCAAUGAUUUUGGAAAGCCGCAGACUCCACUCACCUCUUUCGGGCAUGAAAGCCAGCAUCAUCAAUGAGCUAAGUUCCAAGCUGCAACAGAUGAGUAGCAUGAAGAGCAUGGAUGACUGGAGCCAUGCUCCAAAGUCACCAGCCAUGCACAGGUAUUCAGCAGAUUUCACUGAUGCAUUUCACAGCCCACCCACCGGCCGCUCCACCUCGCCACUACCAACCUCGUCUCCGCAGCAUCGUCAGAUCCUGACACCCAACCUCUCGGCCACUCCCUCUGUCUCACCUUCUCCUCAAGUCCCAGUUCAGCGCAACUGGACCCGAUCCCCUUCUCCACAAAUGCCUACCUCCCCGGUACAUUCACAUCCUCCCCAUUCUCCUACUUACUGCCCAUACCCAACAUCACCUAAGCACAGGUCCAAGUUUCGCAGGCAGACUUUUGAUUUUCAGAGCAGUCCCACUAAGGAGAUGCGCUCUUCGAUCUCUAGGCGCCGGGCUCCCAGUCCUCUCAUCUAUAACACUGAGCAGUCAAACCCCACCCCUCCCAGACCCUCCUCUCUCCCUAUCCUUCCUUCUACACCUGUCUACAACAACCCCUUUGACUUUCCCGGCCCCCUGACUCCUCCAUCUCCGGGCCUCCCACUAGGAGACGUCUACCAGGCUUCAACUCCUCCACUGUUCUCCCCAUCUGGUGUGCCAAGUCCAAACCCCAUGCUUGUCUCACGCUCUCUCUCCCCCACCCAUUUUCUCUCAGGGGCCUCUUCCCCAUUGCAUCUACCACCCAGCCCUUCAUGUCUCAACUAUCCCCACCUCAACGCUCCUCCACCAGCCAAACCAUUCGCAAUCAAACCUCUACCCUACUGGACCAAGUACGAUGUGGCUGACUGGCUGGCUUAUUUAAAUCUUGGUGAACACAGAGAGCGUUUUAUAGAUAAUGAGAUAGAUGGAUCUCAUCUGCCUUCGCUUACCAAGGACGACUUCUUAGACCUGGGAGUGACACGUGUGGGACAUCGAAUGAACAUCGAGAGGGCGCUCAAGAAACUCACUGACAGGCGACUCUCCUCCCCUUUGCAUGUCACUACAUCUCCCCGAGACACAGACUGAAAGAGUGAAGGGGGGAUUCAAAGAUGAAACAAAGGGAGAGACACAAAUUGACAGAGAUGAACCAUAACAGAAGAUUUGCAAGAGAAGAUCAGUGGACAUCAACAGGUUGUGUUUAACUAAGACUAAGCAGUAGAUAUGUGGAGAAGGUGUUGUCUUGCAAAUUUACUAUAGAUGUUACUGUUGUGAAAUUUGUGGAAUGGGUAUGCAGAAGAUAGGAAUUUCCUAAGACAAAGCUCUUCAACCAGAAAUAUACUUCAAAACUUUUGAUGGACAGGCAUUUAAUUAACACACCGUUUUGUGCUGUAAAAGAAUAAACACAUUUACACUCAUAUUCUCACACACACUGACAGAUGGACUCUCACACCAUCUGCUGCUUAGCAGCAAUUACAAAACUUGAGUCUGAGUUUUAAAGACAAGUUGAAGCCCAACUAAAUGUUAUUUAUUGUGGCUGAAUAAGAAACUCUGGUGAAGACAGAGAAAUGAAGGCCACAUCAUAACAUCAGUAUUGUAGCUUUAAGCAGAUCAGAGUUUAAAAUGGCCGUGAGUACUUGAGCCAAAGUCAGGAUGAGAAUAUGAGAGAGGUUUUGUUUGUAAGUGAUAGAAAGAACAAUAGACAACAAUAGUAUUCUUUUUAUAUCUUUGCCAUAUUCCCCCCAAAGGAUGCCCCAAAAAAGCUUUGUAUGUUUGUACUCUGCGAGCGCUAAAUAUAUCUUACGUGCUUAACAGGAUUCACUAUUAGUAGAACCAUUUGUUUUGUACUAAGUGCUGAUAGCAAUCAUUCAUAUCAAACUGGUCAGGGUAUUUAUAACUGUUGAAAUCACAUUGUGAAUAACAAGGACAUAAAAUAUUAAGAAAAUCUUGUUGUGAAAUGAACUUUUUUUUCCAGAUAUUUAAAAGAAAGUUGAGGAAAUAUUUGAGUGAAAUUGAAUAGGGGUGGCAAGUCAUUUGACACCAUCUUUUCUAAGAGUUUACUGAUGUUUCUGGUCUACAGCAGGUCAAAGCAUGGCUCCAUCCUCUUUGAUGCCAUAAAUGUUGACCGCUCUCUCUCUCACAUAGCAGGUGCAGUGAUCAAAAAGGGCUUUUUACUGCUUCUCUGUCUGCCUGACAUCCUCAACCUUCUGCCUCUGUGAGUCAGUGUGUCUGGUUUUGUGCGCGAGUGUUUGUCAGCCUGCUUUGGUAGCCAAAUGCUUUUCUCUGACCUACACCAUCCUCUCUCUAAUGCCUUUUCCAAAACAUAUUUAUACUGCUCACAUACAUGUUUUAUUUUCUCACCAGUUGACAAUCUUGACGUUUCACUGUUCCACACAUUAACCCAUUGAAAGGAAUGCUCUGACCCAUUUUUAAAGAUAAAAUUUCUGUGAUAAACUUUAAAUACAGUAUGUGUUACAUAUAGGUGAACAUGCACAUCUGAGAUUUGUUAACAUAUAUGUGCAGCAAUUCCCUUCAGAUUCAAAUUCAACUGUAGGGCAAAAAACAUCAUUUAUAGCUCUGUACGUAAUGAGAACAAUGAUAAAAGUAUAGUACAAUAAAGUUAUUCUAUUAAGUAUGUAAACAUUUUUAAGAAUCUCUGUCUUCCAAAUAGUGUGGACAACUUAUUUGAUGCUUUGUUUUGUUUAUGUUUCCUUUUUUGGUUUCCUGUACAUGCUUUCUAUACUGCUCGCCCUGUGGUGAUCCCAGUGAAGCUGAUAUAUUAGUUAAUGCUUAUUUUUACCAUGUUAAUGUCAAAGUAUGGCUCUAUUUUCUCAUGUUGAGUUGCUUCAAUGCAAUCUCAUGAUGGGCACUACUCUGAGAGGUGCAUGCACUGAGCAGUAGUGUAGAAAGCAUUACAUACUAUGAGUAAAGAGUAUUUUAGGUCUAGUGAAAUGCAUAAUGAAUAUGACUACAAACAGAGCAUAAGUAUGCAGAGAU